AUGCCGCCCCUCGCGCUUCUCAUUUUUUCUCUCGCCGUUCCUGUGCGUGCACUGGACGGAUCAGGCGGACCGCAAGACUGGAACGACUUUACCAACAACUUUGCCACUGACCUUGCCCCCAUCAUCGUCCUUUUUGGGGAGCAGGCGUCCAAGCAGUUUCUCAGUGAGUCCACUAGCUUCUGGGAUAAUAUCCUCUUCGGUAUUGCGCCAAUUGGCAUUAUCACCGCCGUUAUCUCGACUAUUCGCCUCUACGGAAACUCUUCACUCAAGGCUUUUAUCGGCAGGGCGCAGGAGGCUCACGGGGUCGCCGAGGCAGAGUUAUGUUCGUCUACCAGCGACGACGUGUGCGAGCUGUGGUCGAAUGGAGGGAUAUGCCGUGUGUUUGGUCGCCCACGGAUCUUGGAGUUCUUUCACAUCAAACCUCAAGGCUCCGGCGCCUUCUAUCCGUCCUUUGUGCGCCAGGUAAAUACGAAGAGGCCACCCUCAUGUGGCUUGUACCCGCCUCAAAGUGUUCUCUGCGGUGACGAGCUUCCGCCCGACCAGGAAAAUGCCGCCGAACCAUUGCCAAAAACUGGCUGGAGGGAAAUCCGCACGAAACGCGCGCCGUUGCUUAGCGCCAUCAACGCACAAGAAAGAGGCAGGUCCAAAGCCUUUGCACCCCGCCCAAACCUGAGCCUGAAUAUCGGCAUCAAGGCCGUGCCGCCUGGCCUCCUACACAUGACCACUUUGCUCGGGACGGUCCUGCAACUCAGCUUUUUCGGCUACGCAACUUGGGCCACCUUCUAUUAUCCCGACCUCUACAAGGGCGAAAGCUUACCGACUCUAUGGUCCUUUUGCCUUGCAAUUUCUGGGACCGUGAUAUUAAGUAUAGGAAUGAACUCCUCGCAGGAAACCACCAUGUUUUGGCUGCAACCCGGAAAUCAACGAAUUGGAGACCAACUGUUCAACGCCUUUGCAUACUCUGAGAACAAGGAGUCGUUCAUCACGUCCUGGAAGGUCGAUCUUGAGCUUGAAUCGGAGCGGCUCGGGAUUGUCCGUCUCAGCAAACACACUUUUCAGCUCUGGGUGGCAAUCGGAUCAUCUACGUGUGGAUUCAUUUGCCAGUUCCUGGGUUUACGAGGAUUACAUGGUUCGGUUGCGCUAUACCAACUAGGAGUCACCCUCUGCAUGGCAAUUGUCCGCUCGUUCCUCCGGUCCGGGCGCCUGGGGGCCAACAAAAAUAAUGUCAAGCAGCGUAGAGACGUCGAAGGGCACGAGCUUGACUGGCAAGCGAUGAAUCUCGAAAAUCCCGAUAAGGAAUUCCAAGGGGGCUGGUACAUUGACGACCUUCCUUUUCCCAUGCGAAGGCCAAAAAACCGCCCUGAACAAGAAAAGCCUGACCUUGGGAUCAAGGAUGUCGGAGUCGACGUGGCUCCGGGAACCCAGCAAAUUGUCAGCUUCCAUCUCCGGCGGGAUAGGGACCUCGACACGCUCCAAAGCGCAAACGCAGCAGUCUCCUGGAUUAAGCACAAUGAAGCAGCUGAAGACCAACCGAACGAGGCAGCGAGGAUACUGCAUUACAGAGCAUCUUUGGCCUAUUUGACGGGGAAUGCCGUACGAGCAGCCGAGCAGCGGUGGGACACCGAGGUUCGAACCAUGGCGAAGCUGCUUCAAAGAGCAAUACAGGACGCUGCUGAGUACAUAUUCUUGGAAAUGGCUUUGCUCAGGGGGUGGAGAGACACCCGUAGUCUGGCAUGGUCUACGACGUGCCACUUACACGAGCGCCUGGAGCCAUCCAACUCCUUCAGCCCCAAUGGUCCCGCGACGCAAGAACGACAAAGUUUUCCCAUCCAUUUUGCCAUGUACCACAAUGCUGGUGUCUGGGAAAUCAGCGAGUGCGAACUAGAAGCUGCCCUGGGUCUCUGGUAUUGGUCUGUAAGUCAACUGCCCUGGGCCAGUCGCUCGUCUCAGAGAAAGGUCUUCAUGGUCGAACGGGCCAAAAAGAAAAACUCGCUCAUCUCGGCAAUUCGCCUCUGGGUUACGCAAACGCACCAUAUAGAGCCCGUCGACGUGAAGAUUCCUUGGUCGACUACGCCCCAGCAAGCCGACGAUCAGAGCUUUUGUCGAAUUGCCUCCACGGCACUUUCACAACGCGACGACGGCAAUCCCCAGGCUGCUACAGACGACCCCGGUGCGUCUUGUUGUUAUCCCACUACUCUUUCAAUCCCGUUAAUGACCCUACUUGAGCCAUCUGUCGUUCCUCAAGAGGCCAGUAGCCAUGGUCCAGCUCAGGGCGAUAGUCAGCCGGAUGGAAUCUGCCUCUCCAUCGCAACCGAGAGCUCCUUACUGCAGCUGGUUGCGCAGGAUAUGUUCGGCAUCUUCAUAAGCAGAAUCGCAGAUAUAUUGGAGACGCUUGAUGUUGCAGAGCCCUGGACUCGUCGAGGCCAAAUACAGCCUUUUGGAGUAGGAAACACCGUGGCAGACGACUCGUAUACUGGGUUGACCAACAAGCACAUCCGAGCUCUUGCUGAUGUCUUUGUCUCGACCGGACUUGGGUCCAGGGUAGACGCACUCAUGACCAUGAUCCCGCCCCUACUACAAAGAUUGAAGCUACCCGACACAGACGAGGCUAUGGAAUCACUCCUUUACACAGCCAAGAUGCUGCGGCGUAACAACAAAUUCACCCAGGCUGAGAACCUGCUCCGAUGGCUGAUCGACAACGUGCCGCAGCGGUUCCAGCAGAGAGCCAUCAGAAGUCUGGGCGAACUCUAUCGCAAGGCGGCGCGCUCCAGCGAUCCCUUCGACCGAAACUUUGGGCGGAUUGGCUUUGAGGCAAUGGCAACCAUGGAAGCCUUGUCCGACGGCCGAGAGCUCUUUACCGAAAGCCAAGACAUUCUCAAGUCAUAUCUACUCGCCUGGGACGCCUUGAGAAACAUAGGACGAGGGGCCAAGGGACCGCUGAGGCCCCUGGUGGACACUUUAGACGCAAGCCCGGCGAGGCCGCUGGGGUUGUACCUCGUGGACAAGUAUGAUGUCGAGGCGGCAGAGGUGGAGGAUUUGCGAUACCUCCUUCGAUGGGCCAUCAAGACCGGGUGUCAAGAGUUGAUAGAAGACUUGUGGAAUCACACCAAGGUCUUGGCCGCGAGCUGGGUGACCGGGCCCGCUGGGGGCUUCAGCGACACCAUGUCAUCCCCGCUGUCUGACGAGCGUGGUGGGCCAUCAUCGCCCCUGUUUUGGGCUAUGGAGCUGGACAGCGCCGCGGAAUCCGAUAUCGAAACUAUGGAGACUCUCCUCGACUGGCCGGGGCUGUAUCCUGAUCCAAACUGGCACGGCAAAACACCCCUUGUGGUCGCCAGCGAGGCCGGCCAAUACCCUGCGGUCGACUUAUUACUGAAGCGCGGAGUUUCACCAGAUUCUGCCAACGGGUUGGCCUUGCUACUGGCAGUCAAGAACAAACAUUUGCGAGUGGUUGAACGAUUGCUCCAGGGAGGCGCAAAUCCCAACUUGAUUACUACCAACAUAGAGGUAGACGGUGUCGACGGGGAGAGGGCGACGCCGCUUCACCUAGCCGUAGGAUGGGACAGUUCCGUGGUCGAGCUACUUCUGCAACACCGGGCCAACCCCGAAUCUCCGUAUUACUCUUGCGGCAAAACUCCGAUUUGCCUGGCCGCUGAAAUGGGGGAUACGGCAUCCGUAGAAGUGCUCUUGAUGCAUGGAGCCAACGCCGAGGCAGCGGAUGACAACGGCACCUACCCCUUACUCGUAGCAAUCCAGCGUGGGCAUGAUGCAAUCUCGAAGCUGCUUGUCAAGAGCAUGUCCCUUGUCGAAGCAUCCCGGCUAUUACACGUGGCGGUUCAGUCGGGAAAUACAACCGACCUCGAUCUACUGCUAACACACGGCGCAGACAUCGAGGCCAAAGAUGACCUGGGACGGACACCUCUCCUUGCAGCAGUCGAAGAGGGGCGAGAAGAAAUGGUCAGCACGCUGCUGGAGGCCAAGGCAGACCCCAAUGCGCGUAGCGCGGACAACAUGAGCGGGCCAUUGCAAGCUGCCAUCGAGUCGGGCAAUUAUGGCAUCAUUUCCCUCCUUUUGGACGCAUCGUAUAAAGCAAACGUGAAUUUCCCAUUGAUGGAAGGGGAGACACCCCUGGCGUUAGCCGUGGGACUCGGGCAACAGGAAACCGUCAAACUCCUGCUGCAGAGGGGGGCGAAUCCCAGCGCAGAAGACAAAGACAACAAGGAUCGGCACUUCAACACCCCGUUGCAUCUCGCAGUAGCACAGAGCAGCCCGGAGAUUGUGGACCUGCUACUCGAAGCAGGAAGAGAAAAGCUAGAAACCAACCUCGAAGCAAAAGACCUUGACGGCCGCACACCUCUCCUUCUAGCUCUCCUCACGGAAACCGCCCACCACAACCCAGCCAACGAGCUCAUCGUCGAGCGACUCCUCCACGCGGGCGCCAACCCCAACGCCACCACCCCGUCAACCACCACCGGCAGCAGCGCCCUCCACCUCGCAGCCACAAUCCCCCACCACGCCAUCAUCACCCUCCUCCUCCAACACAACGCCGACCUCGAACACCGCGACACCCAAAACCGCACCCCCCUCCUCGCCCUCCUCGACCAGCCCUUCCGAACACACCACCAAAAAACCGCCGCCCGCCAACUCCUCACCGCCGGCGCCAACCCCCACGCCACCACCGCCACCACCACCACCCCCGGUACCACCGCCCUCGCCGCCGCCGCCCACCACGGCCACGAAGACCUCGUCCACCAACUCCUCACCCUCGGCGCGGCCGUCAACGCGCCCGGCGGACGGCACGGCACCGCGCUGCAGGCCGCGGUGUGCGCGGGCCAGGACGAGGUCGUGCAGAUGCUGCUGGCGGCGGGCGCCGAUCCCUGCGUGCCGAGCGGCGGGGGGGCGUAUGGCAGCGCGCUGCAUGCGGCGGUGGCGGGUGCGGUGGUGGGGACGGCGGGGGGUGGGGGUCGUGGGAUGGGGGUGUUGGAGAGGGUGUUGGGUUGCGGAAGGGGGGAUGUGGAGGUGCGGGAUGCGGGGGGGUUGACGCCGUUGUUGUGGGUGGUUGGGGUGUGUGCUGGUUUGCGGGCUCGCGGCGGUGGUGAUGGUGGUGGAGGAGUGGGGUGUAUGGAUGGUGCGGCGGCGGUGGUGAGGAUGUUGUUGGGGUAUGGGGCGCGGACGGAGGCGGCGGAUCGGGAGGGCCGGACGGCGUUGCAUGUGGCGGCGGGCGUGGGGGAUGUGGGGAUGGUGGGGAUACUGCUGGAACAUGGCGCGGACACGGAGGCGAGGGAUGGGCGCGCUUGCACGCCGCUGCUGGUGGCGAGCGAGAGGGGUCAUGGGCAUGUUGUUCGACUGCUCUUGGAUGCGGGCGCCGAUGUGGGCGCCGAGGGUGGGAAUUAUGGCACGGCAAUGCAGGCGGCGGUGUAUCUUGGAGACCAGGAUAUGUUACAGAUGUUGGGGAAGGGAUACGGACGCUCAAGCGAGGGCUAUCAUUAA